UGCUUUUACGUACCGAUCAACCAGAAGAAACGGUGGCUCCUCCAUGGCGAGAGACCACCACCGUGGCCGGUGACAUCGUCGACGGACUGUGAACAGGGUGAGAGUUGCAGAGUUACGAAAGGUGAAGAGAAGAAGGAAUAAACUCAUCGGGAUCGGAAAUUGCAAUUAUGAGCUUCCUCUUUGGCAGCCGAAAAACUCCCGCAGAGCUUCUGCGGGAGAACAAGAGGAUGCUCGAUAAGUCCAUUAGGGAAAUUGAACGGGAAAGACAAGGCUUACAGUCUCAGGAAAAGAAGUUGAUUGUCGAGAUAAAGAAAAAUGCUAAACAAGGACAGAUGGGAGCUGUUAAAAUAAUGGCCAAAGAUCUUAUCAGGACACGGCAUCAGAUUGAAAAAUUUUAUAAACUAAAAUCACAGCUCCAGGGCGUGGCUUUGAGAAUUCAGACGCUGAAAUCAACUCAAGCUAUGGGAGAAGCCAUGAAAGGCGUUACCAAGGCAAUGGGACAGAUGAAUAGGCAGAUGAACUUGCCGGCAUUACAGAAGAUAAUGCAAGAGUUUGAGAGACAAAAUGAGAGGAUGGAAAUGACAUCUGAAGUAAUGGCAGACGCUCUCGAUGAUGCUUUAGAAGGAGAUGAAGAAGAGGAGGAGACAGACGAGCUUGUAAAUCAGGUGCUUGAUGAGAUUGGAAUUGAUAUCAAUUCAGAGCUUGUGAAUGCACCAUCAGCUUCUGUGUCAGUAUCAACUGCAAAUAAUAGGGUUGCCCAAGCCGAAGCCGAAGAUACUGGAAUUGACAGUGAUUUACAAGCUAGACUUGAUAACUUGAGGAAAAUGUAGGUUUCAAUUAUGAGAAAUUUAUAGCACUCAUAUAGUAUACAUAAUAAAUAAUGUAUUGUGUUUAUAUUUGAACUCUAUUCAGCCAAGUUUGUAUUUGAAUAAUACACUGACAAGUAUGAUCUCUUGUUUGGAGAAGUAAGACGAUGAAUUUAGCACUUGUGAUUAGGUAAUUCUCUAUUUUACAAAGGGUUUGAAUUGUUAGUA